AUGGCAGCGAGUUCUACGGCCUCGGAGCCAGCGACACCUGCUAUGUCUUCCGAUAAAAGCACCCCACCGUCUUCGCCACCCGACCGCAAUCUCUCAGAGGUCAAAGAAGAGGCCCACGGAGACAAGAAAGAGCAGGACGCAAAUAAGAUGGAGGUGGAUGCGGAUGAUGUUGAGGAGAUGGAUCACAAGUCAAAGGCACUUACAAAUCUGCUCAAAACAAGCUCAGUCUUUGUUGCAAUCAUGGCAGACAAGAUGAAGGAAGAGCAGAAGCGCAACCAAGAGCAAGCUAGACGGGCAGCUGCGAAACGGAAUCAUGAGGCUGUCAAGGCUGCUGAGUCGAAGGGCCCUACAAGAAAGUCUGCAAGAACGCAUGCUCAAGAUGAGCAACCAACAGGCACGCACGAGAAAGACGAGAAGAAGACCACUCGGGGCCGGGGACGGCAGCCUAAGAAGGCUAAUGUUGCGAAGAAGAGCAUAAGUGAUUACUUCGGUUCCGAGGCCAUUAAGGCUCCCGAAGAGGGUCCAACUGUCCAAGAAGCCCUUGCGGAGGCAGCCGACGAAUAUGAAGGUGAGGGACUCGGGGCCCAGGAGCUUGUUGCAACCGAGCAACCUUCUCUCGUCGACGGUGGGAGAAUGAAGCACUAUCAACUUGAAGGUCUAGAGUGGUUGAAAUCGCUUUGGAUGAACGGUCUCUCUGGAAUCUUGGCGGACGAGAUGGGUCUUGGGAAGACGUUGCAAGCUAUCUCAUUGAUUGCGUUCUUCAAGGAGAACAAUAUCUCUGGACCCUUCUUAAUCGCAGCUCCUCUGAGUACCGUGCGCAAUUGGGUCGAAGAAUUCAAACACUGGACUUCGAGUAUCAACACGAUCCUCUACCAUGGGAGCAAGGACGAGCGCGAGGGGAUGAGACGGAAAAAGAUGAAGAUGCAAGAUCAAUUCAAGUACGAGUUUCCGAUUGUCGUCACCAGCUACGAGAUUUGCAUGAAUGACCGGAAGUUUCUGGCGACGUAUCAGUGGAAAUACAUCAUCGUGGAUGAGGGACAUCGUCUGAAGAACAUGAAUUGUAAACUGAUCAAAGAGUUGAUGACAUACAACUCUGCCAAUCGACUUCUGAUUACGGGCACACCUCUCCAGAACAAUAUCGCAGAGCUUUGGUCGCUCCUGCACUUCUUGCUGCCCGAGGUCUUCAACGACCUCGAUAGCUUUGAGCGGUGGUUCGACUUUUCGAGCGUGUUGGAAGGCAAGAAGGAAGCCGAUCAGAAGACGUUGAGCCGCAGGAAUAAUCUCGUGUCGACAAUGCAUGCCAUUUUGAAGCCAUUCCUGCUUCGAAGAGUCAAGGCGGACGUUGAGUCAGAUCUGCCCAAGAAACGAGAGUACAUCCUGUAUGCACCUCUGACCUCCGAGCAGAAGGAAUUGUACCGGGAAAUUUUGGCAGGCACGAGCAGAUCGUAUUUGGAAGAAAAGGCUGUCGAACGUAUUGAGGCCAGAAGCCGGACUGCUUCCCUCAAGCGAAAAGCAGCCACCAGCGGGCGCGGUACACCUGCGAAGAGCUUGAAACAAAGUCGGGAUUCAACACCAGCUUCUGUUGCUUCCACUGGCUCGAUCCGACGGGGUCGCAAAGGGGCACGCACAAGCUAUCGGGAUGUAACGGACCGGGAAUUCAAUGCUCGCCUUCGCCGAGUUGAACAAGGCGAAGAAGAUAUCAAUCUGGACCGCGCGUCGCCAUCGCCAGGCUCGCAAGACAUCUCGUCGGAGGAAGCAGAAGAGCUCGAAAGAGCCAAGACAUUCAAGCUUGCGAAAAAGGAGAUCGCUUCGAAGAAGUUGCAGAACCCCUUGAUGCAGGCCCGUCUCGCGUGCAACAGUCCACACAACUUCUAUUGGCCCUGGAAACCAAGUACAGCAGCCGAAGAGCAAUCAGGCGACUACCCACGUGUUGAUGAAAGUCUGGUUACGGCCUCCGGGAAAAUCCUAGUGCUCGACACUCUUCUUCCUCGACUCUUCAAAUUAGGGCACAAAGUUCUCAUCUUCAGCCAAUUCAAAACUACCCUGGACAUAUUGGAAACGUACGCGGUUGAGCUGCGCGGUUGGAAGGCUUGUCGCAUUGACGGCUCGGUCGCCCAAGAAGAGCGUUACGAGCAGAUCACCAAUUUCAACGCGGACAAGUCUUACAAUUUGUUCCUCUUGACGACACGAGCUGGGGGACAAGGGAUCAAUUUGACUGCAGCAGACACAGUGAUUCUAUUCGACUCAGACUGGAACCCGCAGCAGGAUUUACAGGCGAUGGACCGUGCACAUCGUAUUGGUCAAACUAGGCCCGUCAUCGUAUAUCGCCUUGCGACCAGGGGAACUGUAGAGGAGACACUGCUGCUCAAGGCAGAUACAAAGAGAAAACUCGAGAAACUGGUGAUUCAAAAGGGCAAAUUCAAAUCUCUUCUUUCGUCCGGCGUCGAUGCAGAUGACAUUCGUGGGGCGCUUGUCAACGACGACUUUGAGAAGUACGAUGUCCCGCAUCUGGAGGAGGAUGAGAAGGAUGAGCAAGAAAAACAAAAAAAGGGGCGACCAAUCCUGAGCGAAGAGGAGUUGAAGAUCUUGACAGAUCGGAGCGAUGAGGCCUAUGAGCGGGCCGCAAAGGGGUUGGAUAUGGGCGGCGAAGGAAGUGCGUUCCAGGUUGCUGAAACGAAGAGGGGAGGGACGACGGCGGAUGUCCUUGACGAUUUGACAGUCAGGAGCAAGCCAUGA